GGCAUGACGGGACCGGGGGCGCCCUGCGAGGGCGGGCGGGACCCCCGGGACCCCCGGGCGUGGGGCCGCGGCGGCCCCGGCCCCCGCACCGGGCGAUCCGGGCCCGCGGGGAGCGGAGGGAGGCGGGUGACGGGCCAGGGCCCUGACAGCGGCCGCCUCCCCCCGCAGGUCGCGCUUAGGCGGGCCGGGCAGGGCGGGCAUGGAGGAGAAUGCGGUGGAGAGCAGCAGCGACGCGGCCCCGCCGGCGGCGCGGGAGGAGCCCUCCGAGAGCGGUCUGGGCGUCGGGAGCUCGGAGGCCGUCUCGGCGGACAGCAGCGACAGCGCCCGGGCCCCUGGACCUCUCUCUCGGCCUGAUGACUCCGGCGUGGGCCAGAGCUCCGACAGCAGCGGGGUCUCCUUGGAAGAGGUGUCGGAGAGCAGCUCCAGCACGGAUGCCGUUCCCCGGAUUUACCUGCCAGAUUCAUCCUCCAUCGCCCAGUCCACCUUGGUCUCCAGUGUCUCCACUGUGAGCCAGUCCAUCAUGGUGUCGGAGUCCCCCCAGGUCCUGGUCCACUCCAGUGUCAUCACUGACGGAGCCACAAUUGUGUCAGACUCCACCACGUCCUCCGACCUCAGUUCUGCCAUUGACAAAAUCAUUGAGUCCACAAUUGGGCCCGACAUCAUCCAGAGCUGCAUCGCCGUGACCAGCGCGGAGGAGGGUGGGGCAGAGACCACCCAGUACCUCAUUCUGCAGGGCCCCGACGACGGUGCCCCCAUGGUGUCCCAGAUGGCUACAUCUGCCCUGGCUGGUAGUUUGGCUGUAGAAGCUGUUGCUGAUGGACCAACCUCCACGUGCCUUGACCAGCCUGGCCCUUCCAAUCCUCCCGAGCAGUCAGAAGUGCUGGAGUUGCCAACACGGCGCGAUCAGACCCGGGAGGUGGAUGGUGGGGAGGAGCUAGAGCAGCCAGACAUAGAGACCCUGGAGGAGAUGAUGGAGGUGGUGGUUGUGCAGCAGUUCAAGUGCAAGAUGUGUCAGUACAAGAGUGUCUCCAAGAAAACGCUGAUCAACCACAUGAAGGAGCGGCACUUCCAGCCAGUGGGCUCAGCUCUGGCUUUGAAGAAAGGACGUUCACGAAAGGGGGGUUCUGCUCCAAAGUCUGCAGAGGAGGAGGCGGCAGAAGAGGAAGAAGAUGACGAUAUCAUGGAUGCUGGUGCUAUUGAUGAUCCUGAAGAGGACAGUGACUACAACCCGGCCGAGGACGAGCCCCGCGGGCGGCUGCCCAGGCUCAGCCGCACGGUCCCCACGUCCAGCGAGGAGAGGCCACGGCGACGCCCAGGGAGACCCCGCAAGUGUCCUCGUCUGGAGGACGUGGCCCAGGACAUGCCAGAGGGAGGUGAGGUGGAGCCCUUGGUGACGUCCCAGAGCACACCCAGCCAUGAGCUUCAGAGCUCGGAAGCAGCCAGUUCCUCUGGCCUGGAGAAUGGGAGCAGCGAGAGCCUGGCAGAGCCCAGCAUCAGCCAGUCUGACUCGGAGAACAAGGACCCGUCCUCCAACAUGGGCCCUGAGGAGGCAGACGUGGCCCCCCGGCGGCGCGGGCGGCCCUCCCGCCGCUUCCUGGGCAAGAAAUACCGCAAGUACAUGGGGCGCAGGUACUACUACAAGUCUCCGAAGCCCCUGAUGCGGCCCUACCUGUGCCGGAUCUGCGGCUCGCGGUUCCUCACACACGACGACCUGCGCUUCCACGUCAACUCGCACGAGGCCAACGACCCGCAGCUCUUCAAGUGUCUGCAGUGCAGCUACCGCUCCCGCCGCUGGUCCUCCCUCAAGGAACACAUGUUCAACCACGUGGGCAGCAAGCCCUACAAGUGUGAGGAGUGCAGCUACACCAGCGUGUACAAGAAGGAUGUGAUCCGGCACUCCACAGUGCACAGCCGGGACAGGAAAAAGCGAGCUGAUCCGCCCCCCAAGCUGAACUUCCCGUGCCCUGUAUGCAACCGUGUCUACCCUAUGCAGAAGAGGCUUACGCAGCACAUGAAGACACACAGCACAGAGAAACCACACAUGUGUGACAAGUGUGGAAAGUCCUUCAAGAAGCGGUACACCUUCAAGAUGCACCUGAUGACACACAUCCAGGCCAUCGCCAACCGCAGGUUCAAGUGCGAGUUCUGUGACUAUGUCUGUGAGGACAAGAAAGUGCUGCUGAACCACCAGCUGUCACACAUGAAUGACAAGCCCUACAAGUGCAGCUUCUGCAAGUACUCCACCUUUCGUGAGGACUUCCUGGUGUCACACAUGGCCAUCAAGCACACAGGGGGGAAGCCCUUUGCUUGUGAGUUCUGCCACUUCACCACCAAGCACAAGAAGAACCUGCGCCUCCACGUGCACUGCCGCCACGCCGACUCCUUUGAGGAGUGGGCGCAGAGACACCCCGAGGAGCCACCCUGCCGCCGCCGCCCCUUCUUCACCUUGCAGCAAAUCGAGGAGCUGAAGCAGCAGCACAGCCAGGUGCAGGCCCCGGCUGAGCCCGAGGCCGCGCUGCCGGCGCGUCUUGGCCCUGUCACCCUCCAUGCGGUCCAGGCCAUCCCGGGAACUGAGCCCCCCGUCCUCUCGCAGGACGCCCUGGGAGGGGCCACCAUCAUUUAUGAACAAGAUGUGGCUGGGUCGGCAGAACUGGCCACGCAGACAGCCCUGGACCUGCUGCUGAACAUGAGCACCCAGCGAGAGCUGGCUGCAGGCUCACUGCAGGUGGCUGUAGUGAAGCCGGGGGACGCGCAGGGCCCCUGUGGGGUGCAGGAGGAGGGGGCAGAGGCGGGCUCUGAGGAGCCCCGGCAGAAGCUGGUGACGCUGCACAUGGCGGAGCCUGGGGAGACGCUGGUGCAGGAAGCAUACGAGGAAGCAGCCCUGGGUGGCUCAGAGUUGCAGCAGAUCACCAUCCCCUUCAGUGGAACAACUGAGUACAGCAUCAUCACCCCCAUCAGUGAGGAGAUCCCAGCCGCAGGCACACUGUACAGCAGCGAGGAGGAGAGCUCUGCAGAAACCUCCCACGCUGUUGUGGUGAGCGAAGCUGUGAUGGCCGAGGAGGCUCUGAAGGACCACAGCAAUCACUAUGUCAUGUCAUCCGGCGUCCCAGGGAGCCAGUUCCAUCACACGGAGCCCCUCAGUGGGGACACAGCCCUUCCCGUGCCUGCAGAGGGCCAGGAGGUACAGCCCACCAGCAUCAAGUGGCCCCUGGUGCAGUGUGUCACCAGGCAGAUGCAGAAGGACUCGUCUUUGUUCCCAGCCUCUGAGGGCCAGGAAGUCUCAUCCCCAAAGGUCAAGUGGCCUGCGCUCCAAGGCGUGGCCAAGAAGCUCUCGUGCAAGGUUUCCACAGCCAAGAAGCUCUCAUGCAAGAUUUCCACAGCCAAAAAGUUUUCCUGCAAGAUUUGCACAGCCAUGUUCACAGGGAGGGCAGAAAUGGAGAGUCACAAAAGAGCCCACAUUGGGCCUAGCACCUUCAAGUGUCCCGACUGCCCGUUCACCGCAGCCCUCUGGCCGGAGGUUCGGAGCCACAUGGUCCAGCAUGCCAGCCUGCGGCCGCACAAGUGCCCUCACUGCAGCUUCGCCUCCAAGAACAAGAAGGACCUGCGCAGGCACAUGCUCACCCACACCAACGAGAAGCCCUUCGCCUGCCAGGUCUGUGGGCAGAGGUUCAACCGCAACGGGCACCUCAAGUUCCACAUGCAGCGUUUGCACAGCGUGGAGACGAAGCGGCCGGCGGCGCCCGCCGCUGCUGCCCAGACCAUCAUCCUGAACAGUGACGAGGACACACUGGCCACCCUGCAGACGGCUCUGCAGGCUGGGCAGGCAGUGCUGGCUCCCGAGCGGCUGCAGCAGGCCCUGGGCCAGGAGCACAUCAUCGUGGCACAGGAGCAGAGUGUCACCAGCCAGGAGGAGGCUGCCUACAUCCAGGAAAUCACAACAGCUGAUGGACAGACAGUGCAGCACUUGGUGACCUCUGACAACCAGGUUCAGUACAUCAUUGCCCAGGACGGCGUACAGCACUUGCUUCCCCACGAGUACGUUGUUGUCCCUGAGGGACAUCACAUCCAGGUACAGGAUGGUCAGAUCACCCACAUCCAGUAUGAGCAGAGCAGCCAGUUCCUCCCAGAGCAGCAGAUCCAGUACAUGCCUGUCUCGCAGGAGCAGCAACUGGUCACCCAGGCACAGCUGGAGGCGGCUGCACACUCUGCUGUCUCAGCAGUGGCCGACGCAGCCAUGGCCCAGGCACAGGGCGUUUUUGCCACCGAGGCCACGGCCGAGCAGAUCCAGCAGCUGCAGCAGGGGAUCCACUACGACGUCAUCACGCUGGCGGAAUAGCCCCGGGGCCCUGGACACCGCGCUGAGCCGGGCAGGAGCCGCCUCCCCAGCAGUGGCCUUAUUGCUUCAGCGCUACGAGGGAGGUGCCGGGACCCACCGCAGGGCAUGAUGCCACCCCCGUCAGGGUCCUGUGUGGCCUUCUGGCACACAUGGCUGCCUCCAGCAGGGACUGCACUGAGGCGGGCUGGGCCAUGUGGCCGCCCUCUUUGCCUGUUGCACUUGGCCUGAAAUCCCUUUUCCUGAAUCAUGUUCUCGGCUCCAUGUCUGCCUGGCAGGACCUGGGGAGAGAGCCUUGGUGCUGGGCACAGUCAUGGUGUGGGGGCAGCUGCCCUUGCUUGGCCUCUCGGGCCUGCGGGCAGGCAGCAGCGGGGCCCUGGACUGCAGAACCCGCACCAGGAAGCAGCGGAGGUGGAAAAUGUUCUAUUUUUCUUCUGACGAGGGACAGACUGGCGAGGUGGGUUGUGGGUGAUUGGGGGAGAGGUUCGCUUUGACUAUGCUUAUGAAUAAAAAGGGAUUGAAACCUG